UGAUUAAAUUGUAAAAUACGCGUUCGAAUGCGAAGCCCUUGAAUCUGCGUUUCGCGAAUUAUAAUUUUCUGAAAAUGAUCCUCGCGUCGCGCGGCGAUGGCGUCAGAGCCGGAAGCGUGUGUUGUGCACGCGUGUUGCCGCAGCUGUGAUGAAGUUUGGGUUGAUCCGUCUGUUGGUGGAUGGGUGGUGAAAGUGGUGCUGAGGAUGAUGAUGGCGAGCAGCGUGGGCAGGUUGUGUUUUGCUCAGAAGACCGUUCUGGCUCCCAUGGUGCGGGUGGGCUCUCUGCCCAUGAGGCUGCUGGCCCUGGACUACGGGGCCGAUAUUGUGUACUGUGAGGAGCUGAUUGACAUCAAAAUGGCCCAGUGUGAGAGAGUGGUAAACGAUGUUUUGGAGACUGUUGAUUUUGUGGCGCCAGAUGAACGCGUGAUGUUUCGCACCUGCAGUAAAGAGGAGGGCCGUGUGGUCUUCCAGAUGGGAACGGCCGAUCCGGAGAGAGCGCUGGCUGUGGCUAAACUUGUGGAGAACGAUGUGGCGGCUGUGGAUGUGAAUAUGGGCUGUCCCAAAGAAUACUCCACAAAGGGAGGAAUGGGUUCUGCGCUUCUCUCUGAGCCUGAAAAAAUUGAAGCUAUACUAAGCACGCUAGUGAACGGCAUUUCUAAACCUGUCACGUGUAAAAUCAGAAUCCUUCCUACACUUGAGGACACGGUGAAUUUAGUGAAGAGAAUUGAAAGAACAGGAGUGGCGGCGAUAGCGGUGCACGGCAGGAUGAAAGAAGAGCGACCGCGGCAUCCGGUCCAUUGUGAUUACAUCCAGACCGUGGCUGAGAGUGUGUCUGUUCCUGUCAUCGCCAACGGAGGCUCUUCAGACGUGGUGAAGACGUUUGAAGACAUCGAGAGGUUUCGAGAGGCGACGGGAGCCUCGUCCGUCAUGCUGGCCCGGGCCGCCAUGUGGAACCCCUCCAUCUUCCGCCGGCAGGGGGCGCUGUCUGUGGAGGAGGUGAUGGAGGAGUACGUCAGAUACGCCGUCCGUUACGACAAUAACCCGUUUAACACCAAAUACUGCUUAUGCCAGAUGCUCAGAGACAGAGUCGAGUCUCCGUUUGGAAAACGGUUGCAUGCGGCUCAGACCAACGAAGAAAUAUGUGAGGUGUUUGGCAUGACUGACUUCUACAACAAGACCAGAGCUGAGCUGGACGCCAGGAAAGCCGCUCUGCAGACCAACGGUGAUCCGCCGCAGCUCCCACGACUGGUGGAGGACGUCGUCACGAUGCCCGUCCGCUUCGAAAGAAGAGAUUACCCUCCUCAGAUCACGCCGAAGAUGUACCUGCUGGAGUGGAGCCGCAAGGAGAAGCUUGAGCAACCCGUGUACGAGACGGAGCAGCGACCCCAAGAUCGAGCUUUUCAGUCUACAGUUAUAGUAGACGAUAAGAAGUACCGCUCUGCUCUGUGGGAAAAGUCGAAGAAGUUCGCCGAGCAGGCCGCGGCUAUAGUGUGCUUACGGACUCUGGGGCUUCCGGAGGGACGGAUCGGAGAGGAGCGCGGCGGAUUGGUAAAUAAACGCAAGAGGGACGACGAGUCAGCCGCACGAAAGAGACAUGUAAGCGAAGCGAAGGAAGAGGAAGAGGAAAUGGUAUGCAGGACGAAAGUUGUGAAUGGUGUCUGUGGUCAGACCGCAUGUUAACAUCGGCCGAACACCAUCUGAACUCGCUGUUAAAGACUCUCAUUCCCUUUCAUUAAAGCGACAAACAACAUUGUAUUUGCUUUUAAGUUUGUUAAAUCCGGUGUCCCGAGUGCCAUCUGUCUUAUCGCGCACCAGCGCUGCUUGAUUAUUUGCUUAAUACCGCUAUUUCUGCCUGGAAGAAUAAUAAUGAGUUUUAUAAGGAAACACUUUUACGAGUUUUGACAGAUUUCCACCCUUCACCAGAAGGGUGCAGUCUAUCUCCGAGUACUUGCAGUACAAGGAAGUACAAGUAGUAUCAUAAAACUUUAUUUAUUUU